GGAUCCCUGCCCGGAACCUGAGCCCGAGGGGUGCGGUACCCGGCGCUCCGACUCUUUCCUCGGGUCCUGGGGCCGCCCUCCUCCCCCCCGGAUUAUCGGAGCCCCCUGUCCCUUCCCUGGAGUGAGGCCUUGGCCGGCCCGGGCUCCCCGGUGUCCCCGCAGACGCCCCCGCCAUGGGCAACACGAGCAGCGAGCGCGCCGCGCUGGAGCGACAGGGCGGCCAUAAGGCGCCCCGAAGGGACAGCUCGGGGGGCUCCAAGGAUGGGGACAGGCCCAAGAUCCUGAUGGACAGCCCCGAGGACGCCGACCUCUUCCACUCCGAGGAAAUCAAGGCUCCGGAGAAAGAGGAAUUCCUGGCCUGGCAGCACGAUCUGGAAGUGAAUGAUAAAGCUUCUGCCCAGGCUCGGCCAACUGUCUUCCGAUGGACAGGGGGCGGAAAGGAAGUGUACUUAUCUGGGUCCUUCAACAACUGGAGUAAACUUCCGCUCACAAGAAGCCAUAACAACUUUGUCGCCAUCCUGGACCUGCCAGAAGGAGAGCAUCAGUACAAGUUCUUUGUGGAUGGUCAGUGGACACAUGACCCUUCCGAGCCAAUAGUAACCAGCCAGCUUGGCACAGUUAACAACAUCAUUCAAGUGAAGAAAACUGACUUUGAAGUAUUUGAUGCUUUAAUGGUGGAUUCCCAAAAGUGCUCCGAUGUGUCUGAGCUGUCCAGUUCCCCGCCAGGACCCUAUCACCAGGAGCCCUACGUCUCAAAACCAGAGGAGCGGUUCAAAGCGCCACCCAUUCUCCCCCCACAUCUGCUCCAGGUCAUCCUGAACAAGGACACAGGCAUCUCUUGUGAUCCGGCCUUGCUCCCCGAGCCCAACCACGUCAUGUUGAACCACCUCUAUGCACUUUCUAUCAAGGAUGGAGUGAUGGUGCUCAGCGCGACGCACCGGUACAAGAAGAAGUACGUGACCACCCUGCUGUACAAGCCUAUAUGAGGAGCGGGGGCCGGGGGCCCGGCGGCGCUGCCCUGCAGGCUGCGCGCUCCCCACCGAGGGAGCAGACUCACUUUCCCUUUUCACGCUGACAUUUCACACCUGCCCUGUCCUGCCUGGAGGUCCGCUCCGGGUACAGCAGCUCCCAAAGCGCCUCGGGCGGUGCCAGUCUCAACACCCAGUGGCGGGAACUUCCAGGAGUGAUGGACAGAAGGCCCGCGGCCCCACCACAGGGCACGAGAACUGCGGUGUAAACACACACCCGCCGAACUGGUCACGGAGGUUUUUCUUAAGCCAAAAAUAAACACUAGCCACUUUGGCAGCAUAAAUCUGGGGAGCAGGAACCAAGGCCACAUGCAAUUUCUAAUUGUAUGUGCGUUUUUAAGGCCACCGACUUGUCCCUGUUGAGGCCUGGCUCUGGUGCUAACAACAGGUACAAUGUUGGUGUCGCCCGUCCUCCAAAAUCAAAGCAAUUCUGUCUCCCGUUCUCUGCUCCAGAGGUGUAAUUUCUAUAGAAAUUAGAACCUCCCUAAUUUCAGGUGAAGUUUUACAAUUGUUAUUUACACUUACAUGCACUAAGUUUUGUUGGUUUUUUUGUUUAUUUUUUUGUUUUUUAACCAGAAGUGGCUGACUAUACAGCCUUCGGGCCAUUUUCUAGUCACCCAGCUAGAAUGUAGAUCGUGUGAACAAACCAUGCUCAGCAAUAAUCUGUUCUCAAAACAGACUUUGAAAACCGCUGCCGGAUUUCUCCAUUAAGCUGGACAAUCUGAGGACUGACUGCUGUUAGCGGGAGGGUUGUCCAGCUUUCUGUUCUCAUCGGAAUGAGGUGACAGUGUUACCAUGGAAACUUGGGAGAAACACCCUACCCUAGCCUAUGCCACCUUGCUCAGGACUUCUGUCCCCACCCCUCAGAAGGCUGUCGCAGUUACUGUUGCUUAUUCUGGACGGAACUGAGAACUCAACAGCAGCCUUCUCAGUUCGUGUCGGGAGGACCUUUGGACCAAAGUGGACCUCUUUACGCUCGGCUUGGUUUCCAGGGAGGUGCCGCAGAUGUUCUCAGUAGCGCAGGUUCUUAUCCCCAGAUCAGCAGAAGCUGUCGUUACGCCCUGUGUUCCUGCUGGGAGACGGAGGAACGAGCUCCCUGGCUUCCAGCACUUGUUCGGUAAACCGAGUCCAGGACACCCUUUUUUGUUACUGUUUUCGAAACACUGAGUUGUCAUCACCUUGACGUACAGGUUUCAAUAAAGUUUUGUAAAGAUAACAGACA